UUUUAAUGUGUUUUGAUAUGUUUCAGUCUACUCUAGAUUAUUUUUUUCUGAUCCUUAAUAUUUUCCAUCUUAGACUAGUGGGAGCUCCUAGAAGUUCACUUCUGUGUCCUCAUUAAUCUCUGAUAACUUUUACAUCGCAGGCAUAAGCUAUUUUAGGCUUACAUUAUACAUUUCCUGCCCCAAACCUGGACCAUCUACUUUCCCUUCAUAUCUUUCACAUAGGAAAAUAAUCUAAUGCUUCCCCCCUUCAACAUGGUGGUUCUCAGAAUGUUCUUGUUUCUAUGACACACCAAUUCUGUAAUUAGAGGUUCUAAAGCUGUAUAAUAAAGAACUCUAAUGGUUACCUUCUUUGUUUUCUACUUCUUUUCCAAGAUCAUGACUGAGAGAUUGCUAAUAAAAGCAUUGAGUGGUGGUAAAAAUACGAAGAUCAUUACUUUGAAUGGGAAGAAGAUGACAAAGAUGCCCUCAGCAUUAGGAAAACUGCCUGGCCUGAAGACUCUAGUCCUUCAGAAUAACCUAAUCCCCAAAGUGUGUCCAGAGUUAUGCAACUUGACCCAGUUGACAACACUAAAUCUGGGAAACAACCUUUUAGAAGAAGUUCCGGAAGAGAUGAAAUAUCUUACAUCUCUGAAGAAUCUCCAUUUAUCUGGAAAUAGGAUCUGUAGAUUUGCACCUGGAGCCUGUGAUGGCUUACAAAACUUAAUCCUGCUUAAUCUGAACAACAACCAUCUUACGCAGCUUCCUCAAGAAGUCAGCAGAUUAAAAAGUCUUACUUAUAUGAGUAUAAAUUAUAACCAACUAGCCAGCAUUCCUAGAGAACUUUGUUUUCUUGAGAAUCUUGUUGAACUUCAAGUUAACUACAAUCAGCUGAUAUGCAUACCUAAAGAGAUUAAAUUCUUGAAGAAGCUUCAGAAGCUUUUGCUAGCCAGAAACAACAUUGGAGUUUUGCCGGAGGAACUUUGUGAUCUUAAAAAACUGAGAAUCCUAGACAUAGCUGGAAAUAUUAUUCAGAUAUUUCCAUCAGGAUUUCAGGAUCUGAAGCUGAGGGAAUUCUACUGUGAGGGAAACCCACUGUUCCUGCAGCAGCCAGUGAUUUCUACACAGCGGGAGAAUGUCUGGAGUCUACAGGAAAUAACAUCAAGAUUUGUAAUGAAUCAGCUAGCAGAAAAUAACCCUUUCCUAAUGGAUGGCAUAGAACGGUACCCACAAGUCAGGAGAAUGAUCUCUCAGGGAAAAACAUGUGCAAUAUGUGGACAGUACUUUAUAACCGUAUGGCUGGAAUGUGUUCGAUUUGUUCCUCCACCAAAGGACUGGAAGAUAAGCAAGAAUCUGCAGCUGGUGCCUCUCCAAGUAUUAAUUUGUUCUUACAAAUGUUUUACUCAACGUGACCCUAACCUCUUCGGAAUUGCUCAGGUGUAGAACAGGUGAGGUGCUCAUUCAUAGCCUCACUCAACUUGCCCUCUCAGCUCUGCAUACACAGAUUAUGCCCUACUUAAGAUACCAUGCCUGUUCUCUUUGUCAACACAUUAAAUAAAGGAAGAAAAAUAAUUCCAUUAUAACGUUCCCAAUCUAAGCACUACAAUCUGCCUUUAGCUUGCUUAGAUUCUAGGUGUGCUUUUUUUGGCUUAAAAAAGUACAAAAAAAAAUUGAAAAAUAAAGAUUUGUGUGGCAAGUGA